AUGAACGGCACGGAGGGACCAUUCUUCUAUGUCCCUAUGGUAAACACCACUGGUAUUGUCCGGAGUCCUUAUGAAUACCCUCAGUACUACCUUGUCAACCGCAGCUAUGCUGCCCUGGGCGCCUACAUGUUCCUGCUCAUUCUUCUCGGCUUUCCCAUCAACUUCCUCACUCUGUAUGUCACCCUGGAACACAAGAAGCUGCGAACCCCUCUGAACUACAUCCUGCUGAACCUUGCAGUGGCUAACCUCUUCAUGGUGUUUGGAGGAUUCACCACAACGAUGUACACCUCUAUGCAUGGCUACUUUGUCCUUGGACGACUUGGCUGCAAUCUGGAAGGAUUCUUUGCUACCCUGGGUGGUGAGAUAGGGCUCUGGUCUCUGGUUAUCCUGGCUAUUGAAAGGUGGAUUGUUGUCUGCAAGCCCAUCAGCAACUUCCGCUUCGGGGAGAAUCAUGCUAUCAUGGGUUUGGCAGCCACCUGGUUCAUGGCCAGUGCUUGUGCUGUGCCGCCUCUGGUUGGCUGGUCUCGUUACAUCCCUGAGGGCAUGCAGUGUUCAUGUGGAGUCGACUACUACACACGUGCAGAAGGUUUCAACAAUGAGUCCUUCGUAGUCUACAUGUUUACCUGCCACUUCCUCAUCCCAAUGGCCAUUGUGUUCUUCUGCUACGGCCGUCUGCUCUGUGCUGUGAAGGAGGCUGCUGCAGCCCAGCAAGAGUCUGAGACCACCCAGAGGGCAGAGAGGGAAGUGACCCGCAUGGUCGUUAUCAUGGUCAUCGCCUUCCUGGUAUGUUGGGUGCCCUAUGCUGGUGUGGCCUGGUGGAUCUUCACACAUCAAGGCUCUGAGUUCGGACCAGUCUUCAUGACCAUCCAGAGCUUCUUUGCCAAGAGUUCUUCCAUCUACAACCCAAUGAUCUACAUCUGCAUGAACAAGCAGUUCCGUAACUGCAUGAUCACCACCUUGUGCUGCGGGAAGAACCCCUUCGAGGAGGAGGAGGGAGCGUCUACCUCCAAGACCGAGGCCUCCUCUGUCUCCUCAAGCUCUGUGUCUCCUGCAUAAAAGGGCUGUCAACACAGGCUUCGUCAUCCACUACCCAAGAAGAAGACUUCUGCUCCCGGGAAACAAGUGAAGGCUAAUGUUUACAGAGAUAACUUUUUUGUAUUUUUACCAACAAGUUGGUUCAACCUAAAGACAGUUGCAGGAGAGGUCAGCCCAUUACAGAGUUUUUCCUGUAUGUACAGAACAUCCAACUUAACUAUCCAUGAGAUUUUUCUUUCUUAAGAGCAAAGGGAAAGACAUGUUAAUCUUUUACUGUUGGAUUCUAUAUGAUACUGGCUUAUUUUUGAAUGUAGAGGCAUGUAAUCAAGGCAACGUAAAAUAAAACGCACUUUGCAAUUGA